CCCCCCCCCAGCCCUGUAUCACUUAGCAUCCCACGCCAAGAGGAGACAUUAAAGAGACCGGCCUUCCUCUUGCUGAUGACCGUGUUCCUGCUUGAUCCUGUUUACAAGAUUCCAAAGGUUGAAAAUAACCCCAGCUCCUCAGCAUUGGUUUUGCAAACAGACGAGAAUAUAAAGGACAGAAGGAGUGGUGGCGUUUAACGUGGGAGACCCAGCAGGAUGUCUUCCAAGCGACCAGCCUCUCCGUAUGGGGAAGCAGAUGGAGAGGUAGCCAUGGUGACAAGCAGACAGAAAGUGGAAGAAGAGGAGAGUGACGGGCUCCCAGCCUUUCACCUUCCCUUGCAUGUGAGUUUUCCCAACAAGCCUCACUCUGAGGAAUUUCAGCCAGUUUCUCUGCUGACGCAAGAGAGUUGUGGCCAUAGGACUCCCACUUCUCAGCACAAUACAAUGGAAGUUGAUGGCAAUAAAGUGAUGUCUUCAUUUGCCCCGCACAACUCAUCUACCUCACCCUUGAAGGCAGAAGAAGGUGGGCGUCAAAGUGGAGAAUCAUUGUCCAGUACAGCCCUGGGAACCCCUGAAAGGCGUAAAGGCAGCUUAGCAGAUGUUGUAGACACCUUAAAGCAGAGAAAAAUGGAAGAGCUCAUCAAAAAUGAGCCAGAAGAAACUCCCAGUAUUGAAAAGCUACUAUCAAAGGACUGGAAAGACAAGCUUCUUGCCAUGGGAUCAGGGAACUUUGGAGAAAUAAAAGGGACUCCAGAAAGCCUAGCUGAGAAAGAAAGGCAGCUUAUGGGUAUGAUCAAUCAACUGACCAGUUUGCGUGAGCAGCUGCUGGCAGCUCAUGAUGAACAGAAGAAACUGGCUGCAUCACAAAUCGAGAAACAACGCCAGCAAAUGGAGCUGGCUAAGCAGCAACAGGAACAGAUUGCAAGACAACAGCAGCAGCUCCUGCAGCAGCAACACAAAAUUAACCUUCUUCAGCAGCAGAUCCAGGUUCAAGGUCAGCUGCCUCCAUUGAUGAUUCCAGUGUUCCCUCCAGAUCAACGAACCCUAGCAGCAGCUGCUCAGCAAGGAUUCCUCCUUCCUCCUGGUUUCAGCUACAAGGCAGGAUGCAGUGACCCUUACCCUGUUCAGCUGAUCCCAACUACCAUGGCAGCUGCUGCGGCAGCAACACCAGGCUUAGGCCCACUCCAACUGCAGCAGUUGUAUGCUGCCCAGCUUGCUGCAAUGCAAGUGUCUCCAGGAGGCAAGAUACCUGGCAUACCCCAAGGAAACCUUGGUGCGGCUGUAUCCCCUACCAGUAUCCACACAGACAAGAGCACAAACAGUCCUCCACCCAAAAGCAAGGAUGAAGUGGCCCAGCCGCUGAACCUCUCAGCUAAACCCAAGACGUCUGAGGGAAAAUCUCCGACAUCGCCCACUUCUCCUCAUAUGCCAGCUCUGAGAAUAAACAGUGGGGCCAGUUCACUCAAAUCCUCAGUGCCAGCAACAUUAGCCAGUCCUUCGGCCAGAGUUAACACAAUAGAUAUUCUUUCUUCUAUCACGUCGUCAGGUUAUUUAAAUGACCACGAUGCUGUUACCAAGGCAAUCCAGGAGGCCCGACAGAUGAAGGAGCAACUUCGGAGGGAACAACAGGUGCUUGAUGGGAAGGUGGCUGUUGUGAAUAGUCUGGGUCUCAAUAACUGCAGGACAGAAAAGGACAAAACAACACUGGAGAGCCUGACUCAACAGCUGGCAGUAAAACAGAAUGAAGAUGGGAAAUUUAGCCAUGCUAUGAUGGAUUUCAACAUGAGUGGGGAUUCUGACGGAAGUGCAGGUGUCUCAGAAUCUAGAAUUUAUCGGGAAUCCAGAGGGCGUGGAAGUAAUGAACCCCAUAUCAAGCGUCCAAUGAAUGCCUUCAUGGUAUGGGCUAAAGAUGAGCGAAGGAAGAUCCUUCAAGCCUUUCCUGACAUGCACAACUCCAACAUUAGCAAGAUACUGGGAUCUCGCUGGAAAGCUAUGACAAACCUAGAGAAGCAGCCAUACUAUGAGGAGCAGGCCCGACUCAGCAAGCAACAUCUGGAGAAAUACCCAGAUUAUAAAUACAAGCCCAGGCCAAAGCGCACCUGUCUUGUGGAUGGCAAAAAAUUGCGGAUCGGCGAGUACAAGGCAAUCAUGCGCAACAGGAGACAAGAGAUGAGGCAGUAUUUUAAUGUUGGGCAACAAGCACAGAUUCCUAUCGCCACCGCCGGUGUCGUCUACCCAGGAGCCAUCGCAAUGGCAGGAAUGCCCUCCCCCCAUCUGCCAUCAGAGCACUCGAGUGUGUCCAGCAGCCCGGAACCCGGGAUGCCUGUCAUCCAGAGCACUUACGGCAUCAAAGGCGAGGAGCCGCACAUCAAAGAGGAGAUGCAGGCCAAUGACAUCAAUGGAGAAAUCUACGACGAGUACGAUGAAGAAGAGGACGACCCUGAUGUGGACUACGGCAGUGACAGUGAAAAUCACAUUGCAGGACAAGCCAACUGAUAAGGGUCCAAAUAUUGUGUGACCUUACAGGACUUCAAGGAAAAAAAAAAAAAGCCCCACCUGGUUUAUCCUUACCAGUGGCCAAGCACAUUAACUUUCUCAUACACUGACUGUUACUUUAACUGUUAGUCUUAACUAGUUGGGACAUCAGCUGACUAAUAGACAUCAGCCUGCAUUUAAAAAAAAAUGGCCCAGAAGAAAGAAAACAACGACGAUAACAACAACAAAAGAAUGAAAUAAGCUAUGGGUAAAAUAAUGCCAGUAAUUCAGCUGCUAUACCCAAGCACUGAAGUCUUACCCGUCGACCUUUUAUUAUUAUUUUUUUUUCCAAAUAAACUUUAUGGCUGUUUGUUCUACAAUGUUCUAGAAAUUCUCACUCAGGUACACAGUGCCAACAAGUGGCUUGUGAAUGUGUUUUGUUGUUUUGUGCUACAGUUUAAAGAGAAGUAAAUUUUUUUUUUUUUUUGGUAAUGCACCUGACAGGAAAAAAAAAAAAGACAAUUCCUUUUACCCCUCUGCCUCCUCUUCCUCCUUUUCCCUUCUCCUUUGAAUAUUUAGGGUUGGAGGCACGCAUGUGUGUGUAUGGUGGGGAAGGGAGUUGGGAGUCUGUUUCUGUAAACCCCAACAAGUAAUUAUUUCCUUUCUAGAGAGGACUUCUCUUCAUCAGUUGCACACCACACUGAGUCUUUGAGCAAGUGCCAAAUUUGUACUAAAGCGCUGAACUAGUUCAAUUUUAUUUUUCCGGUUGGUCGCUUUUGUUUCUUGUUCUGUCUUAAGUUAGGACAGUGUUAUGUCUUAGACAAUCCCUUGAAGAACCUAAUAUACCAGCAGCUGGUGAGAUUAGACUUUGUUUUCUUUUCUUUUGUUUUUUUAAAGGAAACUGUAGGUGCCGUUCUCAGGUGAAAGUGAGAGAGACAUAAAAAAAUUUAGAGAAAAAUAUUUUAUGAUCUUGGAUUUUUGUGUGUGCGUGUUUAUGGUACUAAUAAGAAUAAUAUUGGACCAUUGUGAGCAAAAACCAUAUUCAGGAUGAAAUCCCACAUCCUCCAAACAACUUGGUCUGUAAGGAGCCUUUGCUUUUAAUUUACACUUCAAAUGGCAACAUAAAAAAUGUCCAGAACAGACCCUUGUUUAGAACAGGGCAGGCAAACUGGAAGUACUAACCUCUAGAACGAGCCAAAAUGGAUGAAUCUGGUGCUAAUCCAUAAGGCAGAUCUUGGCUGAGACGCUGCUCUCUCUACCCACUUGGAACACCCACAGGCGUCAGUGGGAUGUUUGUGCAAGGAGAGAGAACAAAAUAACAAUGAAGCAAUUCUCCCAUCCACAGUGGGCAGCAAAAUUUGACGUAUAGCACACAAAUCCUAAGCCUUUGAAGUUCCAAAAGGGUUGGAGACCAGGAAAAUAAAUAAAUUCCCUCAAGCUCUAACAGAUAUUGGUAAGGUUGUUCUGUGCCUCAGUCAUCUCACCUGUAAAUUCUGUCCUGUUUACAUAUGGGCAUGCACAUUUGAGACAAUGGAGCUGCACACAUAUAACCCUGGGCAGAAUUUAGCCCAUUGUAUUUUCAGCGAUCUAACUGACAAUUCUACUUUGUUUCAAAGAAAGAAGUAAACAUAGUGACACAAAGCAUUUUUUGGUGCCUGACUCUGAUCCUUCUCUAAAAAGAGUGCGCCCAGUUUCAUGUGGUAAGACAGCAGGCAGCAGCAUUACCUAACCCUAACAGGAAAAGGAUACCUCUGAUUUCCAAUGCAGCUCUGUCCUAGGAAGCGCGGUCUUAUGUUACAGAGAAAAGCUUUCCAUUGAGGCACUAUUUGUGAAUGUAGGGCGCCAUCCUACAGAUCCUUGCUCACAUCACUAGUCCUUACUCACAGGAAGACGCUCAGUAUCAGCAUCACUGGAACUCCUCGUGUGAGUAAGGACUACAUGUAUUAGCAUUGGCAGGAUCCAGGCCACAGUACUCACCAGUAGAUUCAGGGCCCUGACCCUGAAGCCAGUUAAAUUUUAGACCUGGAGCAGUCAGGCCUCACAGAUCCAAUUGCAGGAUCAUGGCCUUACUUUGCCUGAAGACAUACCACUUGAAGUGUAAAGCUCCUUCUGAAGACCUUGUGCAAAACAAAUGACAAACAAACAAAUGCCAUUUAAGAGUUAGACAAUACUCCAAUGAAUGGUUUGGAUGUGUGAUAGCUUCACCCCCAUGCCAUCUUUUUUUCUCCCUUCCUUUUCUUUAGUUUCCCUUUUUGAUUUCCACCUCCACAUCAAAAAUUCUUUUCAGUUUUUCUCGCUUUCAGAAGACUUGCUCUGGGGUUAUGCUUGGAGUAGCUGAUCACAUCCUCCAUGUCAGAGGGUUUCUUUGGUUUUGUUUGUAUUUGAUGACUGUAUUUUUUUUUUUCAUUUGAACUGCCUCUUUCUUGCUAGUGUUGUAAUGGUAAUUAUAAUAAUAAUAAUAAUAAUAAUGGUCAGCUGUUCCCAGAUUAGUAAAUUAUGUAUAAUUUAUUUCCCUUUUUUCUACCUUAUUUUAUUCUGUUCUGAUUUGGCAGUGCAGCAAAUGAAGCUGUUAAGAUAUUUAAAAUUGCUGCCCAACCCUGCUUUUUUAUAUAGACAUAUAAAAAACUCACUUCUUCCCAUGCUCACCCCAUUCUUAGUUCUUCAUUUUAAUUUUGGCCCCCGUCAUGACAACUUCUGAUGUUUAUUAUGAUGGAGUGAAUUAAUGGAAGUGUUGUUUUCAAUCUUAAUUAACUUCUGCUCUCUCAUCACUCAUUUUAGUUAUUUAAUUACACCAGUCAUCUAGAGCCAAUUUUUUUAAGCACUCUGUUUGGAUAAGAAGAAAAAAAUAGACAAUUGUUUUUAUAUCAUUAUUAUGUACAAUGUGAAAACAGAUAUUUGCUUUUUUUUUUUAAUUUGUUCCCUGUCUUUGUGAACAAAUUAUUUCUGACUCUUGUGGAUUCACCUCACAUUUGCUGGUUGCUUGAUUUCCACCAUGUUAUAGAGAUGCUCUGGUUUAAUUAUGUGACUUCGGGCUACGAGAAUACUUUGUUUUAGCUCCAGGUAGAUGCCACCAAGGCAGGCAUGGUUGGAGCAAAUCUUAAAUAUACAUGGUAAAAUUCUGGCCUCAUUGAAGUCACUGGGAGUUUUGCCUUAGACAUCAGUGGGACUAGCAUUUCACCCAAAAAAACUAUGAGCUUGAUACUCAAGGCCUCACUCAUGGGAGUAGCCCUGUUUAAGCCAAUGGGCCUAGGAGCACUUGUGGGUGAGUAAGGGCUGCAGGACUAAGCCCUCAUCUUCAUAAUGGGUGAUGUGACCGAAUUCCUUUUGGGGGAGGGAUAGGAGAGGGGGCUGUGCUUUACAUUCUGUGUUGUCUUUGCCUGAGACUCAGAACGAAUGCUAAAAAAGAAAAAAAAAAUGCUGACUUUAUUGCAAACCAACCUAUACCUGAGAGACUACGGUAGGACCUGGGGUUUGGGUCAAAGCUGGGUAGCUUGUUACAGACCCUGCAUUUCGAUGCUGAAACCGAUCCAGUCCAACAAAGCACUUAAGCAUGUGCUUAAGUACUUUGCUGGAUCAAAGCGCCCAUAUGUCCUAUAGUAUUAAAACACCCAUGUUUGAAAUAGAGGCCCUAUUUUAUUGAUUUAAAAAAACGACAACAGGUAUCUAUAAAAGAAGUUCUUGUCUUGUUUCUUUCUUUUCCUGGGUUUUGUGUCCUUAUGACACUGAGAAAAAACAGGUUAGAAGAGAUUAGGAUAGUAUUAACCUAAAAGAGCACAAAAAGCCUAGCGUAUAUGUGGGCCUAGCUCGCCUUUCCUGGGAAUCUAUAUAAUGACGAUCUUCUUGUUAGAAUUUUUGUGUUGGUCGCAUGUUUCGUUUCCUCUGAAAUCAGGGCAGUUUCUUAUUCCAAUGUGAUUCAAACUUCUCAGAGAGUAAUACCAGCAGUGGGGAAAAGAGGGUCAAAAGAAAAAAAAAUUGAGGGACUGACUGGUAAGCUCAAUGAAAUAACACAUAAUUCUUUCUGAAUUUAUUCAUGCCUUAUAUUAGUAAAAUAGGAUUUUUAAGUGCAUUUAACAUCUUUAUUUAACCGUUCCGCUAUAUUAAUCAGGCCCCCAGAAAAGAACACUAGCUACUAUUAUAGAAUUUAAUUAGUUUUGUAACCAAAUCCUCUUAUUACAAAUGCAUAUGGAAGAAAUUCUUUCUGCAUAGACAUUAUUUCAAAGAUUUGGUUUCUGCAGUAGACUCUUUCUUUAAUUAAAUCAUUUUUUUUAGAAAGUAAAUUGUCUUUAACCUUUUUACAGCACAUUUUCAAAGCUUUUUCUUUUUUAAUCCAAAGAGAUGAGCUGCUGUUGUCGCUGAAGAAGACUCUGACAUUACGUUUGUAACAUCAAAAAUAAUUACACACAGUGGAAACUUAGACCUCACUUAGCAAGAAUUCAACUGCUAAAUUUAAUCGCAACUGCAUAAUAUAUCAUACGUUUAAGGGCAUGGUUUAUCAUAUAUGAAAUAUUUUGUCUGCCCACUUCUUGAUAGAAUCUUCCAUUUUGCAAGGAAAUGUAUGUACCAUAAUUCAUUAGAUGUGGAUCCAAGUGUAUCCUCAAUUCACAGGGCAUGGGAUGGAUGUUUAGUUUGGUUAAUAUUUACAUUUUCUUCAACUUUAUCUUAACUUGUCAGUUUCCCAGAUUGAAGAACAUGUCAAGUUUGUUUUUUCUACUGACUGAUUUCUCUACUCCCCAGUGUUUUUUGUCACUGGUUUGCUGAAACAGUAUUUAUAUAGCUCCAUUGGCUCUAAAGCUCUUACUCCUUCUAACAUUUUGGAUUUUACAAGUGAAAAGAAAAAUAGAAAAGAAAAUAGAGACAAUCAAAUGCCUGGAGCUUAAAACAAAGUAUGUGCAACCUACCAUCUCACUUGAAAUUUAAUAAAAUAAAUAAUUAUGUAAAUAUAACAUAGAGUUAUAGAUUUAUAUUUUGUUCAUAACACAUAGUGUAAUAUAAGUUGUAUAUUUUCAUGUUUUGGUUUUAUGUUAUCAUUCAUGCCACAAUAAAUAAAAAAAUCAGGAGUUGAUGUACUCUUUAAAAAAAUAAGAUGUGGGUUGCCACCAUGCUGGGUUUUUUUGCAUUCCCCUUUUUUCAGUAUUAUUGCCCUACAAGGCACCAAUAAAAACAGCAAAUGUGUUCUUUA